CAAAAAUAUGAGAAUUAUAAAUAUUUUUGGGAAAUUCAUUGGUCAUUGUGUUAUUUGAAUUGUAGGAUACACUGUGAGUUUUAUGAGACAAGUAGAAUUUACAAAAAAAAUUUGCUCUAAUCUAUUUGUCUUGGAUGUUGUCGUUUUUUAUCAGAUUGAGAAUUUGUUUUACAACAUGACUGCUCGGAGAAAAAUACUUCAGAACUCUGCUGAUGAUUAUCCUAAAAUUGUAGAUAUCCUUAGCAGGUUUGCCAUUCAUCACAUAAAUGCUAGCUUCUCCUGUAGAAAGCAUGGAGCUGCUAGAGCAGAUGUUCACUCAGUCGCCACGUCCUCAAGGCUUGGUGCGAUCAGAUCUGUUUAUGGGGUGUCAGUUGCUCGCAAUCUGAUGAAAAUAGAAGUUUGUGAUGAUGAUCCAUCUACUUCAGUAUUUGAAAUGGAUGGUUUCAUCUCCAAUUCUAAUUAUGCUGCGAAGAAGAUAACAAUGGUACUUUUUAUCAAUGGUAAGUCUUUUGAAUCAGGAAGUUAUUAUUGAAAAGAUACAGUCUGCCGUUGAAUCAAAAUUGAGAAACUCCAAUGAUGCAAGGACAUUUCAGGAACAGAGGAGGAACCUAAAGGAAACUGCAGAUCUUACUAGUGUUCAGGAGCUUAUUGAUGAUACUGAUUGUAAUUGUCA